GCCUCACCAGGAAACUACUAAAAUUCUUGUGGAAGUAAAGUAGAAUUUCAUAAGAACAUAAUGGAUGGAGAAGAGAAAACCUAUGGUGGUUGUGAAGGUCCUGAUGUCAUGUAUGUCAAAUUGAUAUCUUUGGAUGUUCAUGAAUUUAUUGUAAAAAGAGAACAUGCACUAACAUUCGCAACAAUGAAAGCCAUGUUGGGUGGCCCAGGUCAGUCUGCUGAGAACAGAACUAAUGAAGUCAGUUUUAGAGAGAUCCCUUCACAUGUGCUAUCAAAAGUAUGUGUGCAUUUUACCUACAAGGUCCAUGACACUAGCAGCUCGACGGAGAUCCCUGAAUUCCCAAUUGCACCUGAAAUUGCACUGGAAUUGUCGAUGGCUGCGAGCUUCCUAGAUUGUUAA